AGUCGUUUUGGCUCUGCCACAGAGGGAUGGGAGCAGCCUGCCAACGACGGAGCAGGAUGGCAGAGCUUGACAAGUCCACUCUGGUGGGCGCCCGCGGGUGGAUGCAGUGGUUUGUUGGCGUGAACGAGCGGGAGCUUCUGAGCAACCGGGAGGCAGUGUUCAACGGAAGCAGCUUUGUGAAUGCAAGCACUGGGCAAGAGUGGCCAGCUGGCACCUUUGAGUGCAAGACAGUGCAGGAGUUGGAGGCUGCGGUGCGCGCGUUGCCAGAGGCAUCCGAGAGGAGCAAAGCAGCGCUACGUGUGGUGGACAGCUGUGACAUUGCUCAGCUGCAGACAGAGCUGAAGACCGAGGACGAGGCAAUGGUGCAGAUAGCGUCCAACUUCAACUGCUUGGAGAAUCCCUCACGAGGAUGCCUGCCAGACUAUGGCUGCUUGGUUGAGAAGUACUGCGUCGAUGCCACCCAGGGCCCUGCAGCGUCCUUUGGGGUGCCGGCUGCCAGCCUGCUGCGGGCACACUAUGCGUUCUAUGCCCCUGGCACCGAGCCAAGCACCUGGGGCCAGAGCAAGUCCCAACAGGUGGAGCUUCUGCAGCACGUGGAGCGCUUCUUUGCGCGCUGCGUCAACGGCAAGCUCACGCUCACCGGCGAGGAGGAGCCACUGCCGGAUGCGAGGAUAGAAGAAGUGGCUCAGCAAAUCCAGGUUGGCAUUCAUGCUGAUGCAGAGGUGGUUUUCGGGCGCUCGGACGACCACUUCAAGGUGCGGGUGCUGGCCGCUCCCUACGCGAAGGUGGACCAGGUACUGUCGGCCUCGGUGAACUGGAACUCCCCAGGCACGCGACCCGCGCAAGAGCAGCUGCUCAGCCUCACCCGCUGCGCUUUACGGGCUGUCUAUCAAGGCGCCUAUUUGGCAGCCAUCCAGCGUGGGCGCCGCCUACUCUUGCUCACCCUGGUUGGUGGCGGCGUAUUCGACAAUCCUUUGGACAUGAUCCUUGAGGAGCUGGCGGCCGCUCACGCACGGUUUGCCAACCACCCGGCAUCCAAGCUGCGAGAAGUUCGCCUGUGCCUUUUCCCAAGGGGGAUUGCUCAGGCGACAGAGAAGAAGCUCUUGGACCUCCUCGCUCGCUAAAGGCUUGGGAGUCCCCAACAAAAGGGGGCUGGUUUGCAGAUGGGCCGGAACGGCCAGAGUGAGAUCCCCGAGUCUGAUCGCAGCAUUGCAUAUAAUUUGAU